UUGGGUGAAAUGACAGGCAGAGGAGGAGGUCUCCUAGCGAGAGGAUCAGGAGAGGCACAGAAGAACAUCAGCUACAUCAGUUCGACGAGCGUGGGGAGAACAGAGGAAAAGGCGAUCACAUUCGAAUGAAUGUAUAUAUGAUUCGAACGUUGGGUUGGCGAGGCUUUAUUCCGGUCCCAAGUCGACGAGGAGCCCUCUCAGGCGCCGGGUGAAACACGUGGCACUUUGUAUUCACUCUGGCUUUUAGGACAUUACUUACGGGAACGUAACUGGUAGCUGAGCGCCUCACUCUCUUCCUUUCACUUCGAUCUCGUUGUCCGGAGUUAUACAGAUAGCUAGUUCUGAGGGCCGCUGACAAUCGAAUAAACCACGGAGAAAGAAAGGAAGUCACCAGUGGAUGUUAUAUCUGCUUCAACUUUACAAGAAACGCUAUGGAAAUUAAGGUGAAUUUAGUGCUGUGCGCACUGGUGUUCCUCAUCUGCUCUGCGCACUUGAGAGCUCAGGACACCGCUGAGUCUCCCACCUCCAACCCUGCUCUCCACACGACUAAAGGUGUAGCCAAUACCACCCCCAUCCCCCAAACCAUGACUGUGAGGACGAGCUUGGUACCAGAAUCUGCAGCUGAAAAUACAACUGUCACCAAUAGCUCUUUGAACCCAAGCAGCAUCCUGGAUACCCCGCUUACAGGAGGGCCCACAAUAAACCACAGCAACAGCAGCACCAAUGACACUGCCGGGACCUUCCCUGUCAGCACUCUACAACCCCUACCUCUGAACACCACAGUCUCCUCCAGCCCGCAAACUACUGAACAUCCAGGCACCACAGCGAACGUCACAUAUUCUUCUCUGGCGAACAGCACCAUCCUGGAGGAGCCUACCCACAGUCCUGGGGGGAACAUCCGCUCAACCACACAGAGCCUCAACACCGACGGCCCCCCACCUGUCAGCAGCACUCCCCAUGCUACUGUGCCCCACUCUAGCACACAUCCACCAACACCUCCAUCCAGCACCCCCACUCAUCUCACCAGCACCAUCACCACAACCACCACCACAAACUUGCAGACCUCCAUCACUGCCCCAGCCAAACCAGACACACCAUCCGAACUCAACGUGGGAGAUGACGACGUGCAACCAUCCGUGCACAACUCUGGAACUGCGUUGGAUCCCCUCCUGGCAGGCUUGGUGUCGGUGUUCAUUGUCAGUGCCGCCGUCAUUUCGCUGCUCCUUUUCCUCAAGUUCCGCCAACGCUACGAACGGCCAGAAUUCCGCAGGCUCCAGGACCUGCCUAUGGAUGAUAUGAUGGAGGACACCCCACUCUCCAUGUACAGUUACUGACCAGCUCUCUCUGAGUGCCCCCCGCCACCCCCCACCCCACUCCAUUCCCUGCUAAACCGUUGCUUUAUGUUGUGUUCUAUGUUCAGCCAGCAGGGGCUCUGAAAGUGCCCUUGUGCCUUGAGGAUUGGAAGCUCCAACAGCGUUUGAGCACUUUAUUGCAGUCUGAUGAUGUGUAGCUCUGAGCUCUGAGCUCUGAAAGAGUCAACAGUAAUUCAGCCCCACCCCCCCCCCCCGCCCGA